CCGUCCACCUCUCCGCUCCAAUUCUCCCCCACCCGCAACCGCGUCCUCCUCCAUCCUUCCCGGCGAAGCGAUCCACCGGCGGCGAGGCGCGUCAGCUCUCACCCGAGGAGCUCAGCCCCACCGGCGCGGGCGCGCGCGCGCGCGGCGAGGAUGGACUACGACUACCGGGGCAGGCCGGGCUCCGGAUCCUACGGCGGCGGCGUCGGCGGCGGCGGGGGGUCGUCGUCCCUCUACCCGCGCGUCGGCCAGCCCUCCCACGGCGUCGCCAACGCGCCCCCGCCGGAGCCGCCGCGGGCCGCGCCGUACCACCACCAUGGCCCCCCCACCGUCUCCGCGGCUCCGCACCCCGUCCCCGCCUCGUCCUCCACAUCGAUGGGCAUACAAGUUGUGAUAAAGCCAGCAUAUCGGAUAACCCCUCCUCCUCAGUUGCCGCCACAGCUUACAGAAAUUCCUCGCAGUACCUUCAAUUUUGAUUUUGAGUAUGAAAGGAAAAUUCUUGCUGAGGCUGAGAAGGAGAACCCCAACUGGAGCAAGUUUGUGAUAGAGAGUCAGCCACCACCACCACCACAGCCGCCAAGAGGCCCAAAACUCACAACUCCCACUACUUCUGUGGCUACUCCAGGGGAUCCAGUUGUGGACAAGUAUAUAUCCAUGGGGCUUGGACGUGAAGCUGUCUCAUUUGCUGUGUUGAACUAUGGAGAUAAUCCAGCGAAGGUGAAGGAGUUUGUGAAAUCCUACAACGCUCUCCACGAGAUGGGCUUCACAUCCUCAAAUGUUCCCGAACUGCUGGCCAUCCACGACAACGACCCUGACAAAGUUAUCCAGCACCUGAUCGGCACAUCAUAGUCCAGAACAAAACUCUCCACAUAUUCCCCCAUGUAUAGGUCCAUCUUACGCUGGCAAGCGCCAUACAUGUCGCGUUUUUAAUGAUGGUUUCGAGUGCUAGCUAUUGUACGCGUAUUUCCGCUACGAGUUUCAUGAACUGACUAUUGUUGUGCUUCCCAAGCGGUUUCAUAAACUUAACCUUGCUUUUUGUGUCGGAUAUAUAGAGCCAGUAGGUGAUGAUUCUGAUUGCUGAAA